AUGGAUUGGUCCGGGAACGCGUUGACACGCGGGCAGCAACGACGUUGCUUGGUCCUCUGUUUGCUGAUCGCUUGCGUAGCCACGCAGGCCUACUCCACCGACAUCAACGACACCAAGGACGCCUGGAGCACGUUCUCCACCGACUGCUCUAACGCUGACUCGAAGAACAUAUCAGUGUCCUGUUACGGAGUCAGGAUCGUCAGGAAGAUCGUGCAACAGUUGCUGGAGAAGUCCAGCAGGGAGCCCAACAUCGAGAUCUUCGACGGGGUCAGCCUGGUCGAGGUACCAGGAGCUAGUCCGAUCAGGAAGGGAAGGUUCCUCAAGGGAUUCGGCAGUAUGGGCACUCUGGUGCAGUUUUUGGAAGGACGGGAGCUGAGGAUCAAGCUGCCGAGCAUCUUCCCGCAGAAUAUCGAGAGUGCUCUCCAAGAGAGUUUGCCGGUUGAUCAAGCCAGAAGAGGCGGUGGUGGUGGAUUUGGAGGAGGUGGCGGAAAGAAGGGAGGCGGUGGCGGUUAUCUCAUAAUGGCGCUGAUGAUGGGCAAGAUGAUGGCGGCGUUAGGAUUCGGUGCCCUCGGUCUGUUAGCCAUGAAGGCGUUGAUGGUGUCCGCGCUGGCGCUGAUGCUCUCGUUGAUCGUGGCCGUGAAGAAGCUGACGAGCGGUCACGACAGCGGUGGCGGGCACCACGUAGUGUACGCGCAGGACGUCGGCCAUCAUCAUUACCGGAAGAAGCGAUCGUUCAGCGACGUGGACCACGACCUCCCGUACAGAGGGUACGCGCACCUGUUCAAAGACUCGCGGGUGUCCUGA